CGAGCGGCGGGCGUCCGGCUCGCGCGCCCCGGUGGUCCCCGCCGUGGUCGCCAUGUACCCUGCGAGCCCUGCGUCCGGCUCGGCCCUGCACCCGGUCCCGCACCGCGGUCGUGUCCCCCCGGCGGGGCGCCUGGCCGAGCUGCAGCGAUCCCCCACGUCCGCUCCGGGGCCUCCCGCGCGCCAGCCAUCCCCCGCGUCCGGGCCGCGGCCCCGCGUGGCGGUGAAGAUGGCCUUCCGCAAGGCCUACUCCAUCAAAGACAAGCUGCAGGCCAUCGAGCGCGUCAAGGGUGGCGAGAGACAGGCCAGCGUGUGCCGCGACUUCGGCGUGCCGGGCGGCACCCUGCGCGGCUGGCUCAAGGACGAGCCGAAGCUGCGCUGGUUCCUGGACCAGUUGGGCGGCGAAGUGGGCACGCAGCGCAAAAAGAUGCGCCUGGCCAACGAGGAGGAGAUCGACCGCGCGGUCUACUCGUGGUUCCUCACCUUGCGCCAGCACGGCGUGCCGCUGUCCGGGCCGGUCAUCCAAGCGCAGGCCGAGGCCUUUGCUCGCCAGAUCUACGGCCCCGAGUGCACCUUCAAGGCUAGCCACGGCUGGUUCUGGCGCUGGCAGAAGCGCCACGGCAUCUCCAGCCAGCGUAUCUACGGUGAGGCGGAGCCCCCGACUGUAGGCCCUGCACCCGGGCUGUCAGUCAAGGAGGAGUCCGUGCAACCUCCCGGCGCGGGUCUCCCGCCUACCCGGGCGCCCGCCACUCUGCCCCCCUCGGAGGGCGGCUACGGCGACGAACAGAUCUACAACGCCAAUGUCACUGGUCUCUUCUGGAGGUUGCUGCCGGAGCAGGCCGCAUCUCCUGGAGCUGAGGACCCCGGACCCGGGGGUUGCAGCCGGCGAUGGCGUGGCGACCGAGUGACUGUGCUGUUGGCCGCCAAUCUGACGGGCAGCCACAAGCUGAAGCCACUAGUCAUCGGACAGCUCCCCAACCCACCCAGCCUGCGUCACCACAACCAGGACAAGUUCCCUGCCUCCUACCGCUACAGCCCCGAUGCCUGGCUCAGUCGCCCUCUUCUGCGAGGCUGGUUCUUUGAGGAAUUCGUUCCUGGCGUCAAGCGAUACCUGCGCAGAAGCUGCCUACAGCAGAAGGCCGUGCUCCUGGUGGCCCACCCGCCCUGUCCAAGCUGGGCCACCAGAUUGCCUGCCCUGGAGGAGGGUGAAGAGACCCGCAGGCAGUGCCAUCCUGAAUCCCUUGGGUCCCCAGAGGAACUGCAGACACCUGAUGGUGCUGUGCGAGUGCUCUUCUUGUCCAAGGGCAGCAGCCGAGCCCACAUCCCUGCACCGUUGGAGCACGGUGUGGUGGCAGCCUUCAAGCAUCUGUAUAAACGGGAGCUGCUGCGGCUAGCCGUGUCCUGCGCCAGUGGCUCACCACUGGACUUCAUGCGCAGCUUCAUGCUCAAGGACAUGCUGUACCUGGCUGGCCUCUCUUGGGACCUGGUACAGGCAGGCAGCAUAGAGCGCUGCUGGCUACUGGGCCUGCGGGCAGCCUUCGAGCCUGGGCAGCAGCCAGUCCACCAGGCAGAGGAGGCUGCUGAACACAGCAGGGUGCUCAGCGAUCUCACACACCUGGCAGCCCUAGCCUACAAGCGUCUGGCACCUGAAGAGGUGGCUGAGUGGCUGCACCUGGACGAUGAUGGCGGCCUCCCUUCUGAAGGCUGCAGAGAGGAGGUGGCCCCUGCUUGGCUGCCGGCACUGGCCCCUGCAGCACCUCCGUCCCCAGCCAGUCUGCCCUCUAGCAUGGGAGGUGGAGAGGAGGAGGAAGAGGCCACUGAACAUGGAGGGGUGUUGGUGCCUACUGCCGGGGAAGCUGUUUGGGGGCUGGAGACAGCCCUGAGGUGGUUGGAGAGCCAGGACCCUAGGGAGGUGGGGCCCCUGAGGCUGGUUCAGCUACGCUCCCUCAUUACCAUGGCUCGGAGGCUCGGGGGUGUUGGGCCCUCACCAGCCGUCCCUGAUGAUGGUGUGUGACCGACCACCUGGGCCCAGUGGCCUUUUUCCUGCUGCACUGGAAAGGGACCCACAGUCUGCCAUCUCUCGCCUCUUCCCCAUGGGAUUGUCCACCAUAGAGGUCCAGGGAUGCAAGGCCAGCCCAGCUUGAGGAGCUCUGUUGGUGAAGGGUGUCCUGUCCCAUGAUCCGCAGGGUCCUGGAAGAAUAGCUGAAAGGCAAAUGCUCUUCCCUGGGUAGGCACAUGUGGGCGCAUGCUGGGCACAUAAGCACAGCAUUUAUUGGAAAGCAGUUGUCUGUACCUCCAUUCUGGCCCCUGUGGGGUUUACACUCACUUCCCUGCCCAUCAUGUGCACUGACUGGCUGAGGCUGCCGCUCUUCGGCCCCCCUGGUGCUACCUAAUCUUCAUCAUCUCACGGAAGCCCUUGUUUGUGUGCUUGUUUUAAGAAAGAAACACAUUAAAUCUGCUUUUAAAGAUACUCUCCAGAGGGAACCCUGAGUGCCAGCAGGGUAAGGUGAUCCCUAGGCUCUCCUGCCCUUGCUCUGAAGCUAUAGGCCCUCAUGGUGCUGGGUCAGAGCUCAGGCUGGGCCCCGACACUUGUGGUCUGCCCUCAAUAGAGUGGGAAUGGGAGGAUGGAGCCCAGCACUUGGUGAGGCUCUGGUUGCAGCAGGGAGUGUAGAUGCCGUUCUUGGUUUUUGGUCCUUAGCAAAACUCCAUUCUAAACAGAUUUUUUAUUCCAUGGUGUUGGCGAGUGUUUAGAUGUAGACACAGGCGUGACCAAUGGCAGAACAAGCCGCAGACCACUUUAGCCCCAGGGUCUGGAGCUAUCUGACCUACCUGGAAGCAGGCCUAGUUUGCAGCCAUCUGGGAAAUCCUGCAGUGCCUUAGUGUCCACCCCCAACCUCCAUGGACUCUUCUCGCCCAGGCCUUCUCCACGCUUGUCCACCUUACUAAGGGUGUGGCUAGGGAGCUGUUUGAUGGCCCACUUUGAAAGAAGAAUGUGCUCAAGGGACUAUGCAAGCUUUGUACUAUGUUGCUCUGUCCAGUUGUAGAUUCAGAUUGCUGCUGGUAGUCUAAGGCCAAGAGGUGGCUGGGGCUGGGACUGUUGCAGAGAUGCUGCCCUGAACUCGAGGAAGUCCAGGGCUGAGGAGCUUGCCUGCCUCCUGACACUUUCCCCUUCUCCCCACCUCUCCUAUGUCCUAGUAGUCUGAGUCUCGAAAAUAUGAAAUGGGACACACAGGAUUGGGGGGGGUGAGUUCCCAGCGUGGCAGUGGGUGGUGCUGGUUGAGCUAUCAUUCAAAAGUGAUUUCCACACAGGUCCAAGAAUACAGCUUGGAACCACUCAUACACACCAGUUAAUAAUCC